GCUAUCUCGAUUUGCCAAAAUGGUUAAAUGAACGUUGGUCCUCGGACACCAAAUUUUUAGUAUAAGAUUCAUCAUGGUUAUAAUUCAGACCUUCAUACUACGUUUCUGCUGAAAUAAAUGGAAAUCGCAGCGUUACCGAGUUACAUCCAGGAGAGCAUGAUCGCGUUUGAGAAAAGUGUGGACGGCUAGCUGUGAAUUAUGGUAGCGCGACGGGUAGAAUGCCGUCUGCCGUCGCACAAGUUCCUCUUCCAUGUCGCACCUGAGUCAAACCCCGUCCGAAGAGGCCAUACUGCUAGCUCGGGGUUAUCAGCUGGUGAGAAAGCUCGGCGAGGGUUGCUACGCAAAAGUGUAUCUGGCCGAGUACAAGUCGGAGCACGAGCCGGACCGGAGUAACACUCUUGCCUGCAAGGUCAUCGACACCGCCAACGCGCCGAAAGACUUCGUCCGGAAGUUUCUGCCGCGCGAGCUGGACAUCCUGGUGAAGCUGAAUCACCCGCAUCUCGUUCACGUGCACAGCAUCUUCCAACGGCGCACGAAGUAUUUUAUAUUCAUGCGCUUCGCCGAGAAGGGCGAUCUCCUCGACUUUAUCUUGAAGAAUGGCGCGGUGGCGGAGAACCAGGCUCGCGUGUGGUUCCGGCAGCUCACUUUAGGUCUUCAGUAUCUGCACGAGAUGGAGAUAGCGCAUCGCGACGUAAAGUGCGAGAACGUUCUCUUGACGUCGAAUUACAACGUGAAGCUCGCGGACUUCGGCUUCGCCCGAUACAUGAUCGACGGCCGCGGGAAGCGCGUGCUGAGCGACACGUAUUGCGGCUCGCUGUCGUACGCCGCGCCCGAGGUCCUCCGUGGUUUCCCGUACAACCCGAAGAUAUCCGACGUCUGGUCACUGGGCGUGAUCCUGUACAUCCUGCUGAACAAGGCGAUGCCGUUCGACGAGGACAACAUAAAGCGCCUGUACGAGCAGCAAGUAGCGCGCAGAUGGAAAUUCCGCAGCAAAGUGGCGGACGUGCUGACCGACCACGUGAAGAGGCUCGUGAACAGCCUGCUCGAGCCGGACGUGUCCAAGCGCUGGCGGCUGGAUCAGAUCAUGCACAGCGACUGGAUCGCCAUGGAUCCGCGGUUGCUAGUGCUCACGCCCGCGGAACAGACCGCGCUGAACGGUGCGAUCGAGGAACGAAAGAGGCACGAGGAGAAGUUCGGCAGGAGAGACCCCAUGCGAACCGAAAGCCUCGUACGAUCAUUAUUCUCCAACGUCUUUUAUCGGUUCAAGUACCUGCUAAUGUCGUUUUCACGUUACCUCGCGUUGGCGAUACGUAAAACCCUGAUACCAAUCAUCUAUCUGGCGUACACGCACAUUUUCCGGCACAUCCGAUCGAACGAGAUCGAGUAAACCUCGCAGAACGAUUUAACACGUGUGAAACUUUCAUUCUUGUAAAUUUCGGACGACGUGUAACGCGAAUGUUGCGUCGCGAGAACGAUUACGAGUGACCAAUUUUCAGAAACGGGUCAAACUUGAGGAGGGGAAAAAAAUUAACGAGAACAGAACGCACAAAGCGGAGGAAGUUACGGUGCUCAAGGAUGCCGUGAAAGUACGUUAAAAUUAAGUACGGUAUCGAGAUGCGACGUGAAGCGAUAAAAACAUUUUUUUAUUUCCCAGGUGGCGGUUUCGACGGUAAUGGCAAGUGGGAAUCAGUUUGGAAACCUCACCGCUUCCUGAUUUGUAACUUUCUCUCUUCUACAUUUUUACUUUAACGUUCGCGGAAAUAAAGUGACCAGAGAUCAUUUAAUGCAUUGCAAUUUAAUGUAUUCUUUUCAAAGUAAUAAGCAUAAAUAGUACACAUAAACU